AUGCUACUUUGUUUAUAUUUUAGGUACAAGCAAGAAAAGAAAGAGAAGGAGCAGCAAGCGCAAGAGCAAAAAGAACAACAGGGGAAAACCCAAGAAGAAGAAGAAGCGUUAAAAUUUAUUGCAUUUCUCGUAUCCAGCAUAGCUGUGCAUAUUUUUGUCAUUCAUCAUUAUCUGCUGUGCGCCUUCCCUUUGAAGAGAGAAAGAGAGAAGCCAAGAGAAAGAAUGACUGUAGUGACUUUUAAUCAGAAAUUUUGUCUCGAUGUGACCACAUCCACAUUAUUCAUUUCCUGUUAG